AUGUUUGGCAAGGCGAGCUCAAAGAAGAGCCGGUCCAAAGCCGGCUCUUCCGCAGGUACCGCAAAGCAAGGCAAGCUCGGAGCCUUUCGAGCAAAGUUUGCCAACUUCAGUUUAGAUCCUGAUACCGUCUUCAAGAAAAAGAGGCCACCACCUGCUCCUCGCUCCGUCUACUUCAAUGAGCCAUUACCACAAGAGGCCUUCGACGCAAAGGGUCGGCCACAAUACCCUUUCGUCUUUGCCAGCAAUCAAGUCUUGACCGCCAAAUAUACCCUCUACAACUUUGUCUUCAAGAACUUGCUCGAACAGUUCCGCCGCGUCGCCAACCUCUUCUUCUUGCUCAUCGUCAUCCUUCAGUUCUUCCCGCAAUUCACCACCAUCAACCCAGGUGUAUCCAUGUUGCCGCUUCUGGCGGUGCUCGGUAUCACCAUGAUCAAGGACGGCUACGAAGACGUAAAGCGUCAUCAGUCGGAUCGCAACAUCAACCGACUCCGCAUCAAGACACUCGCCGGCGGUGGAUGGCAAAACCCAAACGUGAUGGAGCUCAACGGACGAAGCCUCUCUGCUCUGUUCACCUCCUUCAAGGACAAGCUCUUCGGAGGCAACAAGAAGCAGUCUUCCCAACUUCAAAAGAAGCUCGCUCACCAAGUCGAAGCUCACUCCGGAGAGGGUCAUGCUCCCACCGGCGUCGAUCCUCUGCCUCCUAUCGAGAACGCGCCAGGCGGCGGCACCUCUGAUGCUCCCUCUCAUCUGCCCAUCCCGGGAGAAGCCGACCGUCCCGUUCGCACUUCCCACGCAUUGACGCGACGCACGACAACCAGGCACAGCAUGUUCGACACCGAAUACGAGCAGCUCGAAGAUGGGCGCAUUAAGCACAACGGACGCAUCCUCAACGCAGACGAAGAGAAAGACUUCUUUGCCAAAAAGGCGCCGCGUUGGAAGCACAAGACCUGGGAGAACCUCGCCGUCGGCGACUUUGUCUACCUUACCAACAACGAGCCCAUCCCUGCCGAUAUCAUCAUCUGUGCCACCAGCGAAGAAGAGGACGCUUGCUUCAUCGAGACCAAGAAUCUCGACGGCGAGACCAACCUCAAAGCGCGCCAUGCCGUGCCCGAGCUCACCUCACUCCGCAGCCCCGAAGAAUGCGCUCGAGCUUCGAUGCGCAUCGAUGCGGAACCACAGGACACCAACAUGUACCGCCUCAAUGCCAGCGUCGUGCUCAACGACCGCCUGGACAAGCACGGCAACCCGCUCCAGUGCCCCGUCACGCUCAACCAGAUCCUCCUGCGUGGUUGCAACGUGCGCAACACAAAGUGGGUCAUCGGCGUCGUCCUCAUGACCGGAUGGGACACCAAGAUCAUCGCCAACUCGGGUGUCACGCCUUCCAAGCGCUCCAUGGUCGAGAAGCAGAUGAACCCCAUGGUCUACUUCAACCUGGCCGUCUUGGCCUGCGUUUCGGUCGCGUGCGCUAUUGCCGACUCCCUACUCGAGCAGUACUACUUUGACCGCGACGCUUACUGGGAGUACGGCGCCAUCUACAGCGACGACAACCCACGCAUCAACGGCCUCGUCGCCUUUGCCAACUCGCUCAUCACUUUCCAAAACAUCGUGCCCAUCUCGCUCUACAUUUCCUUCGAGUUUGUCCGUCUCGCACAGGCCUACUUUAUCUACGACGACUACGACAUUUGGUACGAGAAGACCAACCGCCGCACCACCGCCAAGUCGUGGAACCUCUCGGACGACCUCGGCCAGAUCGAGUACAUCUUCAGUGACAAGACCGGCACGCUCACCCAGAACGUCAUGAUCUUCCGCGAGUGUGCCGUCGCUGGCAACAUCUACCACGGCGAAGCCGGCUCUCCGCAUGUCGACGGCUCCGACACCACGACCACCGAUGUGCCGCCCGCGAAGAACUUUGACAAAGACGACGCUUCCACCAACGAUGGGUCGGGCAGGAGGAUCUCCGGAUCGUACCAGGCACACAACAACAAGGUCAACGUCAAGCCCCUCAAUCCCGAGAUCCCGCCCUUCCGCGAUCAAAGUCUAUCUGACGCCUUGCGAGACUCCGAAUCCGAGCAGAGCAAGCAUCUGGGCAACUUCUUCCGUUGCCUGGCGCUUUGUCACACUGUUCUCGUAGAUAAUCUCGAAGAUGGCAGCAUCGAAUACCAGGCGCAGAGCCCUGACGAGCAGGCGCUCGUUCAAGCCGCCGCGGACGUCGGCUUCAUCUUCAUCGGCAAGGAGCGUCAGACGCUUCGCAUCUUGACUCCCUACUCGUCCGAGCCCGAAGUCUAUGAGCUGCUUGUCGUCAACGAGUUUUCUUCGGCACGCAAGAGGAUGAGCGUCAUUGUGCGUCGCGAAUCGGACGGUCAGUUGCUCAUGUUGGCCAAGGGCGCAGACAGCAUCAUGUUCGAGCGCGCUCGCGCAGGCCAGGAAGAACUCAAGCAGGAGACCGACGCCGCUCUCGAGGAGUUCGCCAACAAGGGUCUGCGUACCCUCUGUCUCGGUGGAAAGGAGCUCACCGCCGACUACUACGACGACUGGAGCCAUCGAUUCCACGAAGCGUCCGUUGCGAUCGACAAUCGCGAGGACAAGAUGGAAGCUUGCGCCAGCGAGCUCGAGAAGGACUUUGAUCUGUACGGCGCCACCGCGAUCGAGGACAAGUUGCAGGACGGCGUGCCCGAGACGAUUGCCGAUCUCAAGCGCGCAGGCAUCAAUGUCUGGGUCGCAACGGGCGACAAGCUCGAGACGGCCAUCGCCAUCGGCUACUCAACCAUGCUGCUCACCGAAGACAUGAACCUGGUUGUCGUGCGCGGAGGAGAGUACGGUCAGCCCAACUCGGCGUACGACCAGCUGCGCAAGGCGGUGAUUCGCUUCUUCGGCGGUCCCGCCGUGUUGCAGGAGAUGGACCACCAGCCACCUGGAGAGGAGUCGGAGAGCAGGCGCUCUUCGUUCAUGUCGCGUCGACCAUCGAUGAACAGGAACCGUCGCAGCAGUGUCAGCCAGGUCUCGCUUGUCGGUGAGGACAACGGUGAGCGCUCCGGCGGCUUUGCUCUCGUCAUCGAUGGAACUGCACUCGGACACGCUCUCAGCGAGGAAUUCAGCAAGGAUCUGCUUCUGCGCAUCUCGACCCAGUGCAAGGCGGUCAUUUGCUGCCGAGUCUCGCCUCUGCAAAAGGCGCUGAUCGUUCGUCUCAUCAAGGAUGGCCUCGGAGUCAUGACGCUGGCGAUCGGCGACGGUGCCAACGACGUCAGCAUGAUCCAAGCCGCCCACGUCGGUGUCGGUAUUGCCGGUGAAGAGGGUCUGCAAGCCGUCAACUCGUCCGACUACGCUAUCGCCCAGUUCCGAUUCCUCAAGCGUCUCGUGCUCGUCCACGGUCACUGGUCGUACUACCGCAACGCCAACAUGAUCACCAACUUCUUCUACAAGCAGUUCAUCCAGGUCGGCACGCUCUUCUGGUUCCAGAUCUACUGCGCCUGGUCGACCACGCAGGCGAUCGACUACGUCUACAUCCUGCUCUGGAACGCCGUCUGGACCGUGGCGGGCGUCAUCUUCGUCGGCAUCUUUGACCGCAACAUCAACGAUAAGGUGCUGAUGCAGGUGCCCGAGCUCUACCACCAGUCGCGCAAGGGAGCUUACUUUGGUCUCAAGCCCUUCCUCAUCUUCUUCCUGGACGGCAUCUACCAGUCGGUGGUGCUGUUCUUCUUCUUUGCGUACACGUACCAGACGACCUCGGUUCGCAAUGACGGCUACGACAUCAACCUCUACGAAUGGACGACCGGCAUGGCGAUCGCCUCGGUGCUGGUGGCCAACCUGUUUGUCGGACUCAACACGCGUGCUUGGAACUGGUUCGUCGUCGUCGGCAUCUGGGCUGGUACGGUGGUCAUGUUCGCCUUCGCCCCCAUCUACGCCGCCUUCACGUCGACCUACUCGUACGGCAACAACAGCUUCCUCUACAAAUCGAUCCAGUUCUGGGUGCUGGGCUUCCUGACGCUCUUCCUGUGUCUCCUGCCGCGUCUGCUCUGCAAGUGUUUCCGCCAAUCGUACUACCCGACGGACGUCGACAUUUUGCGGUACGUGGACAAGAAGGACAACGACCACGACUUUACGCGCGAUCCUGCCAUUCCGCACGCGCAUGCCGAUGGCGCCGUCUACUCGGACACGGCGGCUGGUCGCUCGAGUAUGACGCACCACACGUUCGCCCCGCUCGUCCGCGCCGCGACAUCCAACUCGCGCUUCGACGCCGCCGUCGACGCCACCGCACCGGGCGGUGUGCCUAUGCACGAGCUGCAGCCCACCGCUUCCCGCGCUAGCAGCACGCACUUCGACAUGCUCACGGGCGAACAGCGACCCAACCGCGGCUUUAGCUUCUCGUCCGAUGAGCCGAGAGCGCGCGAUGCGUCAAGGAGGAGGAGCGUCAAGGACCGACUGGUUCCCGAUCUAUUCAGGAGGAGUCUGCGCAGCAAGAAGGAGGAACGUAAGCGCCUGACCAUGAUCCACCAGGAGGAAGAGGGUGAGGCGGUCGGGGAGCAGCCUGCCGCGCCGCCUUCUUGA